AUGGACAUACCACAAAUCCGACCUCUCGAUACUCAAGUAAUCAACCGCAUUGCAGCUGGUGAGAUCGUGCCACGACCAGCAGGUGCUCUUAAAGAACUGAUCGAGAACUCGCUCGACGCUGGUGCGACGAAUAUCAGUAUCCUUGCCAAAGAUGGUGGAUUGAAGUUGUUACAGAUACAUGAUAAUGGUCAUGGUAUUCGACGUGAAGAUCUACCCAUUGUUUGCAGACGCCAUACGACAAGCAAGCUCAGAACCUAUGAUGACUUACAACAAAUUGGUACCUAUGGCUUUCGUGGCGAAGCAUUAGCAAGUAUAUCACACGUGGCCCAUCUCACAAUCACGACCAAGACGCGUGGUUCUCAAGCCGCGUUCAAAGCAACGUAUACUGAUGGCGAAUUGAAUGGUGAUCCAAGGCCUUGUGCUGGCAAUGAUGGUACACAAAUCAUGGCCGAAGAUCUCUUUUAUGAUAUGCCGACGCGACUCAAGUCCUUCAAGUCACCCAGCGAAGAAUAUAACCGUAUCUUGGAUGUUGUCGGGAGAUAUGCCAUUCAUAAUUCCUCCGUGGGAUUUACAUGCAAAAAGCGUGAUGCCACCACUGCGGAUAUCCAAACUAGCACCACAAACAAUGCCAAGGAUACCAUUCGACUGAUAUAUGGAUCGACGGUGGCGAAUGAAUUGUUAUCAGUGGAGGAGGAUUAUCCGAUAUUGGGUUGCAAAAUGACUGGCCUUAUCACAAGUGCUGAUUAUAGCGAGAAGCGCAUGCGAUUCUUAUUGUUCAUCAACCAUCGCUCAGUGGAAAGCUCAAGCUUGAAAAAGGCAAUCGACGACGUCUACUCACUAUUGCUACCCAAGGGAAGUCAUCCAUUUGUAUACUUGAGUCUGGAAGUGAAUCCAAGGAAUGUGGAUGUUAAUGUUCACCCAACCAAGCGAGAGGUGACGUUGCUUAAUGAAGACCGAAUUGUGGAUGCGAUCACAAAGACAAUGCAAGAGCGACUUGAAAACGCCAAUUACUCACGUACAUUCUAUACCCAGUCUGCACUUCCUGGAGCACCUCCGGUCCCUGAAAAGGAUUCUCCCAGAUCUGAUAAGGGCAAAAAGGUGGCAGCAUACAACAUGGUGCGAACCGACAGCAGAGCAAAGACCUUGGAUACCUAUGUGCAGCGACGACCGAUUCUUUCAAGUCCAAGAGAAGACUACAACAUAGCCGAAUCAAGCAGCAGCAGCAGUCAUCCUCAACCUAUGGACAUUGUUCAAGAACCAUCAACUGAAACGCGUGCAACAAAGAGACCAAGGAUUACUGUGAGGAUCAAGAGCAUUGACAGAUUAAGGGCAGCAGUGAACCGUUCAAAGCACAAUACUUUGACAACCGUGUUGAGCAAUCAUACAUUUGUUGGUUGUAUCGAUGAUACCCUUGCACUCAUUCAGCAUAUGCGCGACCUUUAUCUCAUCAACUAUGCAGUGUUCAGUGAAGAGCUCUUUUAUCAGGUUGUGCUUGCAGAAUUCAGCAACUUUGGCCGGCUCAAACUUACCAUACCAUUGGUGGUCUUUGAUUGUAUCAUGAUUGCAUUGGAUACGGAGGAACACAAAGGAACACUACCACCUGAAUUGGGAUCGAAGGAUCAUGUGGCAGGGGAAAUCACAAACAUGCUGGUAUCACGUGCUGAUUUGCUCUAUGAUCACUUUGGUGUCAAAAUUGCAUCCGACGGCUAUCUCAUUGAGUUACCCAUGCUGCUCAAAGGCUAUAUUCCAACCAUGGACAAGCUGCCACUCUUUUUAUUACGGCUGGGCACCGAGGUUGAUUGGGUGAAUGAGGAAAAAUGCUUUGAUGGUGUUGCACGUGAGCUUGCCAUCUUUUAUAGCGCUGAACCACCAUUGGAACCACCAGCAGCUUCCGAGACCGAGAAACGACAAUAUCGACAAGAGCAUGAAAAGUACCGAUGGCAAGUGCAGCAUCUCAUUUUCCCAAGUUUCAAGACAUCCCAAUUCGUGGCACCAGAACAUGUAGCCGAUGCUGAAGCUGGAUACGUUAAACCAUUGACGAGUCUAAGUGCCUUGUUCAGGAUCUUUAAACGUUGCUAG